UAGUAGACAAAAUAAAGAAAAUAUAAAGAUGUCAGAAUACGAUAAAGUGAGAACAGGAAAACUUGUCCUGAAGGGUGAAAAGAUAAGGUCGAAGAAACGAAAAUCAAAAAAACAGGAAAAGGAACAUGUUUCUACUUCUGAAAAUAAGGAUACAAUAGCUCACGGUGGAUGGUGGAAAGCUAUACAAGUAUCUGAUGUCACAGGAACAGUGGCAAUCGAAUUUGGAAAUCAUACUUAUAUGAAAGCUUUAGAUAAUGGAUUAUUUACAUUAGGUGCACCGCACAACGAAGGUGAAGGACCUUCUCCAGAAGAGAUUUUAACAGCAUUUCCAAUAGGUGAAACUAAGAUUGCACUAAAAUCUGGUUAUGGAAAAUAUUUAGGUGUUGAUAAAAAUGGUGUAGUUGUUGGAAGAAGCGAUGCAGUAGGCACAAUUGAACAAUGGGAACCAAUUUUUCAAGAUAACAAACUUGCCAUUUCAAAUAGCAACAAUUGCUUUAUGUCAGUCACAGAUGAAGAUGAUAUUAUUUGUCAAAAUAAAACUGCUGGAACCUCUGAAUUUUGUAUAAUAAGAAGUAUAACUCAAAAAACUCAAGAUCCAAAUAAAGAUAUUCCAAAGGAGGAACAGGGUUCACUUCAUGACGUUGAAGUAAAUUAUGUGAGAAAGUUUCAAAAAUUUCAAGACAAAAAACUGAAAGUAAAUCAAACAGAUCGUUCUGAAUUAGAGAAAGCAAAACGCGAGGGAAACUUACAUGAAACUUUGUUAGAUAGAAGAAGUAAAAUGAAAGCAGAUCGAUAUUGUAAAUAACUUUGUAUAAUAACUAUAUUCUGUAUUGGAAAAUGUUACUCUAUAAGUUUUAAAUGUAUAUACAGUACGCGUGUACGCGAGUACAGUUAUGUUUGCAACAAUGUGGACAUCACCUCCAACAGUUCAUAAAUUAGACGAAUUCUGAAAAUCGGUCCAUCGAUCCAUUCAAACCGUUCACGAACAAGAAUGGAGGUGAUCUACAAUGAAAUCCGUCGAGUUGAAGCUGGUCCAAGUGCACGCGUACUCGGCAAAUUUUCAAACUUAUUUUCAAAUUAUUUUUAAAAUAAAGCGUCAUAUGAAAAAAUUUUAUUCUACAUUUUCGAUUCAAUUUUUCACGUAGAAUCACCCCCUAUUCGUUUGUACCACCAGUUACGGGACACACUUUAUAUAUUUAAUAAAAUUUAUGACAUUUA